GGGCGGGAUGGGAAAGGCGGCCGCGGCGGCCCUGGGGGCCGAGGUGGGCGUGCGGAUCGCGCUCUUCGCGGUCUUUCUGGUGACAGAGCUGCUGGCUCCCUUCCAGAGGCUCAUCCAGCCAGAGGAGAUGUGGCUGUACCGGAAUCCCUAUGUGGAAGCAGAGUAUUUCCCCACCAAGCCGAUGUUUAUCAUUGCAUUUCUCUCUCCACUGUCACUGAUCCUCCUGGUCAAAUGUCUCAAGAAGGCAGACUCAAGAGACAGCAAACAAGCCUGUCUGGCUGCCAGCCUUGCCCUAGCUCUCAAUGGUGUCUUUACCAACACAAUAAAACUGAUAGUGGGGAGGCCACGCCCAGAUUUCUUCUACCGCUGCUUCCCCGAUGGUGAAGCCCAUUCUGACCUGAUGUGCACAGGGGACAAGGACGUGGUGAAUGAGGGCCGCAAGAGCUUUCCUAGUGGACAUUCCUCCUUUGCAUUUGCUGGUCUGGCCUUUGCUUCCUUCUACCUGGCAGGUAAGUUACACUGCUUCACACCACAAGGCCGUGGGGAAUCGUGGCGCUUCUGUGCCUUUCUGUCGCCUCUGCUGUUUGCAGCUGUGAUUGCACUGUCCCGCACCUGUGACUAUAAGCAUCACUGGCAAGAUGUCCUUGUUGGAUCAAUAAUUGGCCUGACUUUUGCCUAUGUCUGCUAUAGGCAGUAUUACCCUCCCCUGACGGAUACAGAAUGCCAUAAACCAUUUCAGGAUAAACUUGCACAUCCCACUGCAGAGAAGAAGCUUGGUGAUUCUCACCGUUUUGAGGUGUAAAAAUUG